AUGGUGGGUUUUCGCGCGGACGUCCGCCACCGGCUCCCACCCCACAAACCAAAGUCCUGCAGCGAUUCGAAAAUUGCGCCGGCCGCAAAGAAGGCUGCUCCGGGGGCUUCUAAGAAGAAGCUGCCGUCAAAUCCCGCGGGGAAGAAUGUGAAGAAAACAACCAAGUCGCUCAUCUUUCAGAAGACCCCUCGUAACUUUCGUAUAGGCUGCAAUAUUCAGCCACGGAGGGAGCUGACGAGGUUUGUCAAGUGGCCUAAGUAUGUGCUUCUCCAACGCCAGAGACGUGUUUUAAUGCAGAGGCUGAAAGUCCCUCCCGCCAUCAACCAGUUCACACAUACUCUGGACAAGAACCAGACCGGACAGCUGAUGCGCCUCCUCGCUAAAUACAAGCCGGAAACCCGAGGAGAGAAGAAGGCUCGUCUGAUUGCGGAGGGAGAGAAGCAGUCUAGUGGUGCUCAGGCAACGAGCAAGAAACCAGUCAUGCUGAAAUUUGGUCUUAACCAUGUCACCGACCUUAUAGAGAUCAAGAAGGCCAAGCUCGUUGUCAUUGCCCAUGAUGUUGUGCCCAUAGACCUAGUCUGCUGGCUCCCGGCCCUUUGCAGAAAGAAAGACGUCCCCUACUGCAUUGUCAAGGGAAAGGCGCGACUAGGACAGCUCGUUCACAAGAAAGCCUGCGCUGUCAUUGCGGUUGAUUCCGUCAGAAAGGAGGACCAAGCUGAGCUUGAGGCGCAGUGCAAGAACUACCGCGCGAUGUUCAAUGACAACGCUGAGCUGCGGAGACGUUGGGGAGGUGGUCAGUUGGGUAUCAAGUCACAGCAUGCACAAGAGAAGAAGCAGAAACUGAUUGACGCCGAAAUGAGGAAGAAGGCGGGUCUGCAAAUUGCUUAA